AUGAGAAAACUCUUUAAGGUCGAUUUGACCGUUCUUUCGUUCGUUUGCCUGCAAUAUUGGAUCAACUAUGUGGACAGAAUUGGGUUUACCAAUGCAUACGUGUCUGGUAUGAAGACAGACAUCGGGUUCAAAUCUAACCAGUUCAAUGUAGCAAACACAUGCUUCACGGUGGGGUACUUGUUGGGUAUGAUCCCGCACAAUCUAAUCCUUUUAAGAAUUAAGCCCAAGAUCUGGUUGAGUUUCUGUACUCUUGUGUGGGGAAUUUUAACUUUGUCGAUGUGCGGCAUCCAUUCGGUAUGGCAAUGCUAUGUGAUACGGUUCUUCCAGGCUUGGUUCGAGAGUUGUACGUUUAGUGGUACGCAGUUGAUCCUUGGGUCGUGGUACACUCCGUCUCAACUUCCAAUAAGAACGGCCAUCUUCACGUCGAGUGGGUUGUUGGGUGCAAUGACUAGUGGGUUCUUGCAAGUGGCCAUUCACGACUCAUUAGCGGGCAAAAAUGGCAUGCCUGGCUGGAAAUGGCUUUUCAUCAUUGACGGGCUUAUCACCAUCCCUAUUGCGUUGUACGGUCUGUUGUUCUUCCCAGAACCAGAUGCCGAUUCCCGCGAAGUUACGCACAAAAAUUCAUGGAUCCUAACAGGGAAACACAAACAGCAGAUCGACAGCCUGGACUGGUCGAUAUUCAAGAGAGUUUGCGGGAGAUGGCAUUGGUGGCUGUUCUCCUUCGUAUGGGUGCUAGGUGGUGAGAACAUCUCGUUCGCAUCGAAUUCCACAUUUAACAUAUGGCUUGACACCCAGGGUUACUCGCUAGCCGACAGAAACAGACUUCCUGUAGCUAUAUACGCUGUGGGGAUAGUCUCGACAAUAUCCGCAUCGUUAUAUGUGCACAAGUACUCCCACUUCGCCAAGCACUGGCACGUUGCCAUUUUCAUCAGCGUCGCAAUGUUCAUUGUCUCGCUAUUGAUGUUGACGAACCCAUUGAACCCCAGAUACGUUUUCGCGGCCCAAUACCUUGGUGGUAUUUCCUACACUGGACAGACGUUGUUCUUUGCCUGGUGUAACGUCGUAUGUCGCGGUGACCUUCAAGAAAGAGCCAUAGUUCUCGCAUCCAUGAACAUGUUCUCUGGUGCGGUCAACGCAUGGUGGUCGCUACUCUUCUACUCCACCUCAAUGGCUCCAAAGUUCACUAAAGGAUGCUACGCAUUGAUGGCUACCUCAAUCAGUAGCGGGAUCGUCUCCCUGUAUAUUCAUUACCUACAAAGAAGGGACACUUUAGACGUAUCCAAAUAUUCUGAUCCAGAAGAGCAGAUCAAAGAAUGA